AAGUCUAUCUUUGAUCAUGAAGUAGCUAUAGUUAUGGUUCCAUUUCCAUCUCAAGGCCAUCUUAACCAACUUCUCCAACUUUCAUGUUUAAUCUCCUCCUAUCAACUUCCUGUCUACUAUGUUGGAUUGGCAACACAUAAUCAUCAAGCCAGGAUUCAAGCUAACACAUUAAAUCCUUCAAACAUAGCCAAACUUUACUUCCAUGACCUUCCAAAUCCUGAACUAAUAUCCUCAUCAAAUCUUGAGACAGUAUGGGAUGUUUCUAUGCUUCUUCGCGAUCCCAUUGCUUCUUUCAUACGCAAUAUUUCAUCAAAAGUAAGACGAGUCAUCGUUGUUCAUGAUCCUAUGAUGUCUUACAAUGUUCAAGAUGUUUCUUCUUUGCUCAAUGCUGAAUCCUAUAUAUUUAACUGCAUUUCAGUUUUCUCAUGCUAUAUUAUGAUGUGCUUAUUUUUAAAGAUUUCUGGCCAACAUGAAGAAGAAUUGCUUAAAAAGCUACACUCCUUUGAAGGAGUUACAACAGAUGAAGCUAUGGACUUAUCAGAUUCUCAACAUCCAUAUAUGGAUAUUAGAUCAGGUGAUAUCCAUAAUACAAGUAAAGUAAUUGAAAGCAAGUAUAUUGAUUUGAUGGAACAAGCAGAAAUUAGUCUGAACAAGAAACAAUGGGCAAUUGGACCUAUUCUGCCUACUAAAUUCGAUUACAUCUCGAAUAUAUGUUUGGAUUGGCUGAACAAACAACCUCCAAGAUCAGUUCUUUAUGUAUCUUUUGGAACAACAACUUCAUUUUCUGAUAGACAAAUCAAGGAGCUUGCGAUGGGAUUAGAGCAGAGUAAACAGAGGUUUAUAUGGGUGCUGAGAGAUGCCGAUAGAGGAGAUAUCUUUAAAGGGGAAGAUAGAAAAGUUGAAUUGCCUGAAGGAUUUGAGGAAAGAGUAGAAGGGGUUGGGUUAGUGGUAAGAGAAUGGACACCACAACCAGAAAUCUUGGCUCAUUCGUCUACAGGCGGGUUCAUGAGUCAUUGUGGUUGGAACUCUUGCUUAGAGAGUAUUACUAUGGGAGUGCCUAUAGCUGCUUGGCCUAUACACACUGAUCAACCAAUAAAUGGUUUCUUGGUGACGGAAAUAUUGAAAAUAGGCCUGCUUGUUAGAGAUUGGGGGAAAUGCGAGGAGGUAGUAAGUGCAUCCACUAUUAAGAAUGUCGUGAGGAAGUUGAUGGCAUCAGAUGAAGGUGACCUGAUCAGAAAAAGAGCAGAAGAAUUGGGAGAAGCUGUAAGACAGUCCACAGAGAAAGGGGGAGCUUCUCAAAUAGAGUUGGAUUCUUUCAUCGCGCAUAUCACAAGAUAGACUUGGUUUCUUUCUAGCUCUUUCUUCUUUGAAUUUCACUUUUCAAGCAGUUUGGUUACUUUACUAUUUUCUUUUAACUUGCUUUUUUAUCAGCUUCUUGGCUCAGACUAAUAUAUGCUACCUUAUAUAUCUUUGAUCA